AAAAAAAACAGGCAGAGGAUGCACAGAGAGAAGGCUAUAGUGACAGGAGAUAAAGUGAGGGAUGGUAUAAAUGAGGAAGCAGUGGAAAGCAAAAGACAAGGACAGAGAGAUAAAGGAACCCAGUUAUCCUAGUCUGCUGUUUUGAGACUGCCAUGCUCCUUGCAGAUGUUCUAUUCUUAAGCUUUUAGUUUCUCUGGGCAACUCUGGUCUCUGACUGCUCAGUGGGAAGGCUAUAAUCUAACAUACUUAAAUAUAGCAAAAGGGAAAAAGUUAGAAGGAGCUCAGGCCUCAGUACCAUGGAGAAAGAUCAGUUGUCGGGUCCCCAAAAAGAACUGAUUCGUGAGAGCUGGCAAACAGUGAGCCAGGACCAGCUGCAUCAUGGCACAGUACUAUUUUCCAGGCUAUUUGAAUUGGAACCAGAGCUCAUCUUUUUUUUUCAGUACAACUCCUCUCAUUUUUCUGAAGUGCAGGAUUGCUUGAGCUCAGCCGAAUUCACAGAGCAUAUCCGUAAAGUUAUGACAGUGAUUGAUGCUGCUGUGAGCAGUCUGGACUGCCUGGCUUCCCUAGAUGAAUACCUGACCAGCCUCGGGAGAAAGCACAAAGCUGUAGGAGUCAAACCGGAAUCCUUUAAGACGGUGGGAGAAUCCCUUCUCUUCGCUCUGGAGUCCGGUUUAGGAGAUGCUUUUACUUCUGACACACGAGAAGCCUGGAGCCUGCUGUAUGCGACUGUGGUACAAUCCAUGAGUCGUGGUUGGCACAGAGAUUCCCAGGAGCAGCAAGAGGGCAUCUAACAGACAAGUAAUAUAUAAUCUGACAGUGUAGAAGUCAUUCUUCAGACCUUUAGUGGCAGGACAGUCACUGUGCAGCACUUCAAAAAUAACCCACAGUGCUUUGCACACAGACGCUCAUCUUUGCAGACAUGCAACUGCAGAGAAAUAAAAUCAGGGACACGAUGCUGGAAUUGUGCAGAAAACAUGACAAAUAUCUGAAGACUGAAUGGAGUUUGGGAUUUUAUGCUAUCCUCACCAUUCGUCUACUUAAGUAUGAAUCUUGACAUAUACUGGAGCAGGUCGAGUUGUUACCCAUUUUAUGCUCUGCAAAUAUUCUGAGCACUGUUUUUUUUUCCCUCCACUUUAUCUAUAUAAAUAUAUAUAAGUAGUCUAAAUAUUCUAUAUAAAACUGUACAUUUAUCUUUGUGCCCUAUGUGUAGAAUAUGUGCAGUAAAUGAUUCCUGAAUAUGCAUUAAAGGAGA